UUUCUUUCCAGAUCAAUGGAAGACCUGGAGGAAGAAGAAAAGCAGGAACAGAUGGAAGGGUCAAGCUGAAGGUUGGGUGGAGUUCCAGAGCAAAGCUAUCGCCAAGAGAGUGGCCAGAAGUCUCCACAACACACCAAUCGGGACCCGGAAGCGUAGCCGUUUCCGUGAUGUCUUGUGGAAUAUAAAGUAUCUGCACCGUUUCAAGUGGAUUCACCUGAGUGAACGACUCGCUUAUGAGAAGCUGGUCAGGCGACAGAGAAUGCGGGCAGAGGUGUCCCAGGCCAAGCGUGAGACCAACUUCUUCCUCCAAAAUGUGGAGAAGAGCAAAGGCCUGGACAAACUGCAGGAGAUAAAGAGGAAGAAAGGACAAGAGUGGCAAGAGAAGAGCUGGCAUUUUAAGCAGCGGGAGACCGAGAUGGAGAUCCAGGCCAGCAAGGCUGCCAGCCGCAAGAGAAAGGCCCGUGAGCUUGGCAAGGCAGCCGAGAUCCACGACAAAUCCCAGUCCAACGUUGCACUGCUUGCUAAGAUCUUCAACCCUGCAGCAGGACAGGAUUAGGCUCUUGCUGGCGGCCAGGAGUGGUAGACUCUGUCCCCAAGUUGGGGGACACACAGACUGAGCUCCCUCGGGCAUUUGGGAAGGGUCGACAGUGCUGAUACAGAGACUGUACCUCAUUGCAGCUUGUUGCACGUGUGGCAGUUAUUUGCCCACAACCAUUGUGGACCCAGCUGGAGAAGGUUGGCAGGUCUAGGCUCUGAUGUUUUGCGGCCCUGUCACUCCCGGACAGUGUAUAGGGCUGGGACUCCACCCUGUGGCUGACCCGAUACUCCACUCAAGUCAUGGUUUGACCCCAUGAAUGAGUCCAGAACAGGAUGAGAUGAUUGGGUUAGGGACAGACGUUGUGUGGUCAGGAUUGGGGCACUAGGGAAUGGUGUGUCUUCAACUGACUUUUUUUUUCCAGAAGUUUUAUUUUGUACAGUGUUUGGGCUCGCCAAUAAACCUGAUGUUAAAUCUGC